AUGAUGAUGGAGUUUUUGAAGGAUAAUCCAUUGAAGAAGCAUCGAAGAGAAGAUGCACUUAUUGCUUGGACAUGGAAAAGAUUUCUUGAUACCAGUGGUACUGAUCCAAAAGUGUUUCUUCUUUUCCCAAUGACAAAAUCAGUCGUACGGGCAAUGGAUGCUAUUCAACAAUUCUUAGGACAACAAAACAUUAUUGUACCAGAAGAAUUUGUUAUCGGUGGUGCUUCAAAACGUGGAUGGAUGAGUGAAGAUGUAUAUAUAUAUAUAUAA